UUUUGAAUUUCAAAUGUUCUCCUUUUUUCAGAUAUUCCUGGACCGUUCGGUACGAAACUGGCUCACCUUAUCCAUUCUGCUACUUCUAUGCCUAACCUGCCAUCUAUAUUUCAAAAAUUUAAAUCUUUACUGGAAAAUCCGCAACGUCCCAUACGAAAAACCUUAUUUCCUAGCUGGAAGCCUUUGGAAUGUUUUUAGUGGCAAAAGGCAAAUCGGAAAACAUUUGGGCGACUUGUACAAGAAAUUCCAUGGACCAUAUUUUGGAAUUUUUAUUUUCGGAAAACCUUAUUUAGUGUUAAGAAGUCCAGAAAUUAUUAAAAACAUCGCAAUAAGAGAUUUUAAUAAUUUCCAAGACCGCUCGUUUGCUUGUGACAAAAACGCCGACGAUAUGUCUGGAAAUAGUUUGUUUAUAAUUAAAAAUCCAGAUUGGAGGAAUAUUAGAAAUAAAUUAAGUGGGAUUUUUACUUCUGGCAAGCUUAAGAAUAUGUUUCCUUUGAUGCUAACAACUGCCAGUCAAAUGGAAAUUCAUUUGGAAAAAUAUGACAACCAAGUGGUUGAAAUGAAAGAAAUUGCAGGCAAAUAUAUGACGGAUUUGGUUGCAAAAUGCUUCUUUGGCCUGGAAAAUAAUUCAUUUCAACAUCAAGAAAGCGAAUUUAGGAAAGCUUGUAUUAAAAUGUUUGACCUGGAUUUAUCCAGGUCUUUUUCGUUGUUUUCUUAUUUUUUUAUUCCAAAAUUUGUUUCAUGGUUUAAAUUAAAACUAUUUGAUACAACGUAUUUGAGGCAAGUUUUUCUGGAUACUUUAUCUUUCCGGAUGAAAACUGGAUUUAAAAGGAACGACUUUGUGGAUUUGUUGAUUCAAUGUAGAGACACUUUUCAGCAGGAUAAAGGAAUUAUUAAUGGAACAAAGUUUGACACAACUUGUAUGGUAGCUCAAGCCAUCACGUUUUUCAUGGCUGGAUUCGAAACAACCAGCAACCUUUUAGGCUUUGCUCUGUAUGAACUCAGCCUUAGACAACUUUGUCAGGAAAAAUUGCGCCAAGAAAUCUUGGAAACUUUCCAAUCAACCAAUGAAAUCACUUUCGAAAAGAUCCAACAAAUGAAAUAUCUGGAUAUGGUUAUAGCGGAAACUCUAAGACGUUAUCCGUUUGGGCCUUUUUUGAAUCGAUAUUGCAAAGAAGAUUAUGUUAUAGAACAAACUGGGCUUAAAAUUGAAAAAGGGACUCCUAUUUUGAUUCCUUUAGAUGGAAUACAUUUUGAUCCAGAAUUCUAUAAAGAUCCAGAGCUAUUUGAACCAGAAAGAUUUGCAAAUGGAUACAAACAUUUGUUGAACUCUUGCGUUUAUAUGCCAUUUGGAAUUGGACCUAGGAAUUGUAUAGGUGAUAGAUUCGGACAAAUUUGUGCCAAAGUAGGCCUGGUGUAUUUCCUAAGGAAAUUCAAAGUGGAAAAGUGCGAUUUGACUCAAGAUCCAAUAAUUUUGGAUGCCAAAUCGCCAUUCAUGACGCCAGUAAAAGGGUUGCAGCUUAGAAUUAGGAAACUGUGAUGGAUUUUUAUUUAUAGUAAAAUUGUAU